UGUCAGGGCUGACCCCAGCUUUUGGCCAUGGGGCCGCCGGGCUGGGACCCUCUGUGCACUAGCAGCCCCACACCACGGUGCUGCCUGACCACCAAAUAUGCCCUGUCCCAAGAAAAGGGGUCCCUGAGGCUGGGACCUACUGAGGGGAUCUGCUCCCCUCUGCCCCCUUGGGCAUCCUGGGCUCCCCCAGCUUCCCUGCCUUGGUUCCCUGCUGGAGAGCAGGCUGGCAGUGUGGGAAUGGGAUGACAGGCAAUCAUAGGGAGGUCUCAAAAAAUUUGGGGAAGGGUGGAUAUGAAGCAGAAGGACAUCUGUGAGGGCUGGAUGUGGCUCAGCUCUUGCCACCCCCUGGGCUCCAUCCCAUGAGCCUGGACCCUCUCCAGCAGUGGGGUCUGAGCCUGCUGCCACCAGCCUGGGAAGUCACCACCCCUUCUGGGGGCACCAGGCUGUGGCUCAACCUGGGCUAAACCCACCAGCACAACCAUCUUCUGGCACUGAGGAUCCUGAGGUGGGAUCCGUCCCAUCACUGCCAGACCCUGGGACCAGCAGGAACAGCUGUGAGGGGGGCCCCGGGGGCAACUCAGCUCCCCCCUCCCCAGACACAGCAGUGAGCAUGGGGCAGCACCCAGUCCUGGCGUGCUCUGGGCAGGGUUUCACACAAGGCUGCAUUCAUUCAGGACCGGACAACUGGGGGGGACAGGGCCAGCACUGUCACCUAACCCGGGUACAGGUUAUCCCUGCUCUUGUGUAACCUGUUGCAUAAAGGUAGGGCGGGCAGGGGUGCUGCCAGCAGUGGGGGCUAUAAAGGUGGGUGCAGCCUCUCCUGCCCACAUCCACCCCCAGAGCGAGGAUGACGGUGGCACUGCCCAGCCUGGCACUGGCCCUGCUCUGCCUGCUGUGGGCAGGGGCCGAGGUCCCCGUGCAGCCAGACUUCGACACUGAGAAGUUUGCAGGGAUGUGGUUUGUCACAGCCAUGGCUUCCAACUGCUCCAUCUUCCUGAACAUGAAGGACGGGAUGAAGUCGUCCAUCACCACCAUCAGCUUUACACCAGAGGGGGAUCUGGCCAUGAAGUUGGUCUGGCCCCUGCUGGACAAAUGCCAAAAGUUUGAGCUGCUCUUCCAGCAGAGCGGGCAGGCGGGGCACUACAUGGCAGCACAAGAGAAGAGGGACCUGCUCGUGAUGGAGACAGACUACAUCCACUAUGCCAUCCUGCACGAGGCCCAUCACAGCGAGACAGAGCCCAGCACUGCGCUGCAGCUCCUCACAAGGGAGCAGGAUGUGAGUCCCCAGCUUCUGCAGAAGUUCACGGAGCUCGUCCCCACCAUGGGCCUGACCAAGGACAUGCUGGCCAUCCUGCCCAAGUCGGACCAGUGCACCAAGGCCAUCAGCUAAAGGGCCGUUGUGUCCUCCAGACUCGGUGGACACUGGCCUCUGAUCCCCACUCUGUGGUGCCCCCUUCCCAUCCUUCCCAGCUGAACUCUGCCGGACCCCCUGCCCCACACCAGGAUCACCCCUCAACCUCCUAAAUAAAUAGAUGCAGAAGCUGU